AUGUCUGAAAGCAACGAUGUCUACCAGACGCCCCUCAACUCGCGUUAUUCGAGCAAGGAGAUGAAAUACCUCUUCUCCCCUCGUAUGCGGUUCUCAACCUGGCGUAAGCUGUGGGUGUGGUUGGCCGAAUCUCAGAAAGAGCUGGGACUCCCCAUCACCGACGAAGCCGUGGAGCAGAUGAAGGCCCAUGUCAUGAUUCAGGAUGAAGAGUUCGCUGUGGCAGCCGAGGAGGAGAAGCGCCGGCGACACGACGUGAUGGCCCACGUUCACACCUUCGGACUGGCCGCCCCCGCCGCAGCUGGAAUCAUCCACUGGGGCGCCACCUCGUGCUACUGCACUGAUAACGCGGACCUGAUUCUCCUGCGAGACGGCCUAGAUAUUCUGAUCCCCAAGCUAGCCGUGGUCAUCGAUAAGCUCUCAGCCUUCGCCAAGGAGUACAAGGACCUGCCGUGUCUGGGUUUCACGCACGGCCAGCCCGCCCAGCUAGUCACUGUCGGCAAGCGCGCCUGUCUGUGGAUCCAGGAUCUGCUGAUGGAUCUGCGGAAUCUCGAGCGCGCGCGGGACGAUUUGCGCUUCCGCGGUGUCAAGGGUACCACGGGUACGCAGGCUUCUUUCCUGCAGAUCUUCAACGGGGACCACGCCAAGGUUGAGAAGUUGGAUGAGCUCGUCACUGAGAAGGCCGGCUUCAGCUCCGCGUUCAUUAUCUCCAGCCAGACGUACUCUCGGAAGAUUGAUGUGGAUGUCGGCAAUGCUCUGGGCUCGUUUGGUUCGACCUGCGAGCGCAUUGGUAUUGAUAUUCGCCACUUGGCUAUGCUCAAGGAGGUUGAGGAGCCGUUUGAGAAGGAUCAAAUCGGUAGCAGUGCUAUGGCCUACAAGCGUAACCCUAUGCGUUCUGAGCGUCUGUGCUCGCUCGGCCGUCACCUGCAGAACCUUCCUAAGGAUGCUCUGGACACAUACUCUGCUCAAUGGUUCGAGCGAUCGCUGGAUGACAGUGCUAUCCGCCGUAUCAGCAUCCCGGAGCUUUACCUGUCCGCCGACGCCUGUCUCAUUCUUCUGAACAAUGUGACUUCCGGCUUCGUCGUUUACCCUGAAGUCAUCAAACGCCGGGUCAAUGAUGAGCUUCCUUUCAUGGCCACUGAGAAUAUCAUCAUGGCCUGCGUGAAGAAGGGCCUCUCCCGGCAGGAUGCCCACGAGGAAAUCCGUGUCCUCUCCCACCAAGCCGCCGACAACGUCAAGAAGCAAGGCAAAGACAACGACUUGAUCGAGCGGAUCCGCCGCACCGCAUUCUUCGGCCCCAUCCUGCCCGAGCUGGAUGCUCUGCUCGACGCCAGUACCUUUGUUGGCCGUGCGCCGCAGCAGGUGGAGAAGUUUACUUCCACUGAAGUCAUCGCUGCACUCAAGCCGUAUGAGAAGUAUCUUGCCAAGGCGGAAACUGCUGCGCUGCACGUCUAA